AAACGUUCCAGGGGUCAAGUGCUGUUUGACAAAGUGUGUGAGCACCUCAACCUCCUGGAGAAGGACUACUUUGGGCUGACCUACAGAGACACAGAAAACCAAAAGAAUUGGUUGGACCCUGCCAAGGAAAUCAAGAAGCAGAUCCGAAGUGGUGCCUGGCAGUUUGCAUUCAAUGUGAAGUUCUACCCUCCAGACCCUGCCCAGCUCUCAGAAGAUAUCACCAGGUACUACCUCUGCUUGCAGCUGAGGGAUGACAUCGUGUCGGGGAGGCUGCCCUGCUCCUUUGUCACCCUGGCCCUGCUGGGCUCCUACACGGUGCAGUCAGAGCUGGGGGACUACGACCCCGAGGAGUGCGGCGGCGACUACGUCAGCGAGUUCCGCUUCGCCCCCAACCACACCAAGGAGCUGGAGGAGAAGGUCAUCGAGCUGCACAAGAGCCACAGGGGAAUGACACCUGCAGAGGCUGAGAUGCAUUUCCUGGAGAAUGCCAAAAAACUCUCCAUGUAUGGAGUGGAUCUCCACCACGCCAAGGAUUCUGAAGGAGUGGAAAUCAUGCUGGGAGUUUGUGCGAGCGGUCUCUUGAUAUAUCGAGACAGGCUGAGAAUAAACAGAUUUGCCUGGCCAAAGGUUUUGAAAAUUUCCUACAAGAGGAACAAUUUCUACAUCAAAAUCCGACCAGGGGAGUUUGAGCAGUUUGAAAGCACUAUUGGGUUUAAGUUGCCAAAUCACCGAGCUGCAAAACGCUUGUGGAAGGUGUGUGUUGAGCACCACACGUUCUUCAGGCUGCUGCUGCCCGAGGCCCCCCCGAAGAAGUUCCUGACGCUGGGCUCCAAGUUCCGGUACAGCGGGCGGACGCAGGCGCAGACCAGGCGAGCCAGCGCCCUCAUCGACCGGCCCGCCCCCUACUUCGAGCGCUCCUCCAGCAAGCGCUACACCAUGUCCCGCAGCCUGGACGGGGCAUCAGUGAAUGAAAACCAUGAAAUGUACAUGAAGGAUUCUGUGUCUGCUGCAGAGGUUGGUACUGGCCAGUACGCCACAACAAAGGGCAUCUCUCAGACCAACUUGAUAACCACUGUGACCCCGGAGAAAAAGGCAGAAGAAGAGAAAGAUGAUGAAGAAGGCAAAAAGAAAAGAGCAGAAGAGGUCACCCCGGUCUCAGCAGUGCGCCACGACACCAAG